UGGAGAAAUCGUAUUUAACGAAUAUCAAAAUAAAAUUGACCUUCCAACCUCGAAUGUUCGGCUCGGGGAUGUUGCCGUUAUGGCUGGAUGGGGUAAACAUACUAAAUCGAAUGGCGCAUUAAUCGAAAUAAUACAAGAAGUUUAUACGUUAACAGUCGAUAAGACAACCUGUGCAAGAUCCCAUCCGUUUGAAAUAAACGAGGACAAACUCUGCGUUUUUAAGAGCUAUGGAGUUGGCAUAUGCUACGGUGACAGUGGCCUUCCAUUGGUUGCAAAUGGAAAACUAAUUGGCAUUGCUUCGUUUGGUGUUCCAUGUGCUGUAGGGCUGUCAGACAUAUUUACCAAUGUUUAUGCUUGUAUUGAUUUUAUUAGAUCUAUUGUUCCAUAUGAAAGAUCUUAGUUAUUACCUAUCACGAAAGGACAUUGUAAA